AUGAAGCAGUUGAAGGCCUACUUUUGAACCUGUCUGAAAUUAGAAGGGUACAUUCGAAUGAUUCAGUCUUCUCACGAAUGCCCAACUUGAGAUUGCUAAAAUUUUACAGGGAUCGCUCAAAUUUUACUGAAUUCAGAUUUCAAUCAAAUUAUCUAAAAAGUCUUCCUAAGAAGUUGAGUUUACUUCAUUGGGAAAAAUACCCUUUCAAGUCUUUGCCAUUAAAUUUUCCAUGGAAAACCUUGUCCACCUCAUCAUGCCAUGUAGCAAAGUUGAAGAGCUCUGGAAUGGAUCUACGUGUUUCCCAAACUUAAAAUCUCUUGAUCUUACUCGCUCCAAGCAUCUGAAAAUAGUUCCUGAUUUUUCUAUGAUGACAAACCUGGAAGAGAUAAAUUUUGAUGGUUGUAAGAGUUUGAUUGAGAUUCCAUCAUCCAUUCAUUGCCUGAAAAGACUCCGUUCUCUUUCUCUAAAUGGGUGCAAAAAGUUGAGAAGUCUUCCACAAAUUCCGAGAGGCAUAAAAUAUUUAUAUCUACGUUAUUCCGGAGUGAAAGAGUGGUCUCCGUCAUCUAUCCAAUUUCUUGACAAUCUUUUAGUCUUACAUAUUGCCCAUUGCGAAAACCUUAGAAGUCUUCCAAGAAUUAUAUAUUGCAAUACUUUUAUGAGACUUGAUAUCAGUUUCUGCCCAAAUCUCAUCAUGGCUCCGCAGAUUAUGGAAAGUUCAGAAGUAUUGCCCUCAUCAAAUAAUGGUAUUGUUGAGUUAGAUUUGAGAGGAUGUAAAAUGCUCAACGGUCUCCCAAAUAGCACUUGCGAAUUGAAACGCCUUGAGAUUCUGUGUCUCCAUGGCUGUUCAAAUCUUGAGAAAUUGCCUCCCUUAUAUGGUUUACUCUCUUUACGAUAUCUAUAUCUAGAUGGCACUGCACUUGUAGAAAUUCCCCCUGACAUUGUUUCUUUGUCAUCAUUAGAAUUACUGUCUCUAAGUGAUACUCCAAUGGAAGAAUUGCCGUCAUCAAUUGGUUGUCUCACUUCACUUGUUAGUUUGCGUUUGCAGAGAUGUAAAAAGCUCAAGAGUCUCUCAAACAGCAUUUGUCAAUUGAAAUGUCUUGAGAGACUAUUUCUCAGUGGCUGUUCAAAUCUAGAGAAAUUGCCUCCUUUAUAUGGUUUAUGCUCUUUAAAGCAGUUACUUCUAGGUGGCACUGCAUGUAACGCCCUCACCGUAGAAGAAUUGUCGUCAUCAAUUGGUUGUCUCUCUUCACUUUUUAGUUUGUGUUUUAACGGAUGUAAAAAGCUUAAGAGUCUCCCAAACAGCAUUUGUCAAUUGAAAUGUCUUGAGAGACUAUUUCUCAGUGGCUGUUCAAAUCUAGAGAAAUUGCCUCUUUUAUAUGGUUUAUGCUCCUUAAAGAAGCUAUUUCUAGAUGGCACUGCACUUGUAGAAAUUCCCCCUGACAUUGUUUAUUUGUCAUCAUUAGAAUUACUGUCUCUAAGUGAUACUCCAAUAGAAGAAUUGCCAUCAUCAAUUGGUUGUCUCUCUUCACUUUUUAGUUUGUGUUUGAACGGAUGUAAAAAGUUCAAGAGUCUCCCAAACAGCAUUUGUCAAUUGAAAUGUCUUGAGAGACUAUUUCUCAGUGGCUGUUCAAAUCUAGAGAAAUUGCCUCCUUUAUAUGGUUUAUGCUCCUUAAAGAAGCUAUUUCUAGAUGGCACUGCACUUGUAGAAAUUCCCCCUGACAUUGUUUCUUUGUCAUCAUUAGAAGUACUGUCUCUAAGUGAUACUCCAAUAGAAGAAUUGCCGUCAUCAAUUGGUUGUCUCUCUUCACUUUUUAGUUUGUGUUUGAACGGAUGUAAAAAGCUCAAGAGCCUCCCAAACAGCAUUUGUCAAUUGAAAUGUCUUGAGAGACUAUUUCUCAGUAGCUGUUCAAAUCUGGAGAAAUUGCCUCCUUUAUAUGGUUUAUGCUCUUUAAAAGGGCCAUAUAUAGAUGGCACUGCACUUGUAGAAAUUCCCCCUGACACUGCCUCUUUGUCAUCAUUAAGACGACUGAGUUUAAAGGACUGCAACAGACUCCAAAAGUCCUGCAAUAGACUCCAAAAGUCAGUAUCAACUUCAUAUAUUGCACCAAUAAAAUAUCGUGAAGAAUGCAGGGAAUAUGGUUAUGAAUUGAAUUUUUGUAAUUGCCUAAAUUUGGACCAAAAUGCACGUGGCACCAUUAUGGCAGAUGCUCUCCGGAGAAUUAAAGAAUUAGCCAUUGCUAGAUGUGUUGGAGCAUUUUAUCCUUAUUUUUAUGUUGGUUUACCUGGAGGCAAAAUUCCUGAGUGGUUGAGCUGUGAAGGCCCGGGAAAUUCAAUGGCAACUUUCUUCCCUCCUGGUUGCUUCAAUAAUAUGUUCUUGGGUUUUGUUUUUUGUGCUAUUAUAGAAUUCAAGGAUCCUGGUUUUCGUGUGCGUGAUUUACACUUAAUAUGUCAAAGCAGUUUCAAAAACAAUAAUGGCUACAGAGAGGCCAGUUUUACAAGUGAAUAUUUCUGUUUGGAAAAUACCAUAGAAUCAGAUCAUGUGUUCUUUUGGUACGACGGCCGUGACAUUUCCUAUUUAGAUUGGCUCAAACAAAAUUGUGACAUGGAGAACGAGGCAUCAUUCUACCUCUACCCCGACAUUAUGGACACCGACUAUAUGACAAAGUGGGAAGUGAAAAGGUUUGGAUUCCACUUGUUAUGUGACAAAGUUGAGCUAAACAAAUGCAAUCCUUACAUAUGCAGAGAAGCCAAUUUUCUGGAGCAAUUCAAAGAAACAACAAAUGCCAACAAUAAGAGAAGCAGGGAAGACUUCUACUCCAGUAAUAUCAAUGGCAACCAGGAGGUGGAAACACACCCUAAAAGAUUAAGGAAAAAUUUCCAAAUACUCAGGAUGGGAUUAACUAUGACGCUACUAUGGUUCCUUCAAGUUCUUCAUGUGAAUUUGCUCCCAAAUUCUACAAAUUUCUUUGAAAUCCGUCCCUACUAA